CUCACAAACCUGCUUAUCUCUCAUGUCUCUUCCUCUUUUCCUUUGUCCUCUCUUUCUCCUCCCGAUCUCCAUGUCUCUCUUUUAGUCUACGUGUGUAUCCAGCAGACUCCUCCUCCCUCAGUCCCAGCCUGGCUUCUUUCUCUGCUGCUGUCUUAGACUGAAGCCUGUCCUGAACUCGUCUGAGCUCCACUCAUCAGAGAUCACUCUACGACCAGGGUGUAUCUGCCAGGCCACACAGACACACAAAAAAACAACAGGUCAUCAGACUGCUCAUUAUCCCACACACCUGUCACCAUCGGAUGCCUUUGGGAGGAGGAAAUAAGUGCGGCUGCUGCCGGAAGACGGUGUACUUUGCUGAGGAAGUGCAGUGUGAAGGGAAAUUUUUCCACAAGUGCUGCUUUCUGUGCAUGGCAUGUAAGAAGAACCUGGACAGCACAACAGUGACCUGUCAUGUGGAUGAGAUCUACUGCAAGUCCUGCUACGGCAAGAAGUAUGGGCCAAAAGGCUAUGGCUUUGGCGGAGGAGCAGGCACCCUGAGCAUGGACACGGGGGCACAUCUUGGAAUCAGACCUGAAGAGCCAGCAGCCCACUGUCCCACCAACAACCCCAAUGCCUCCAAGUUGGCGACCAAGUUUGGCAGUUCAGACGUGUGCCCGCGCUGUGCCAAGGCUGUGUACUCUGCCGAGAAGGUGCUCGGAGGUGGAAAUUCCUGGCACAAGAGCUGCUUCCGCUGUGCCAAAUGCGGCAAGGGGCUGGAGUCAACCACUGUGGCCGACAAAGAUGGGGAAAUCUACUGCAAAGCAUGUUAUGCCAAAUCCUUUGGUCCGAAGGGCUUUGGGUUCGGCCAGGGGGCAGGGGCUCUGGCACAUGCUCAGUAGAGCUAUGGCCUCCUCUGAUAGACACCUAGACAUUUGGACUGCAAAUCCCAGGAUUCCCAAAUCAACCUCUAUUUAAUACUGCCAUUUCACUCCUGCUUCAGUCACAGAGGCUCAACAGCAACACACAGUGCACAGCUUACCUAAACGCUUAUCUUGCCAGAAGAGUAAGUUGCUGAUGUUUUCUAUCUAAGCUCUGGUAUUGAUGAGGUUAAUUCUCUGCAUGAGAAAUGUUUCCUAACCACUAUGAGAAAAAAAGGACUUAUUAGCGUGUUAAUUUUGACCUAAUAAACUCCAUUCACAAGA